AUGCAACAAAAUCAAACCAUGCCGCAUACAAUACAAAACCAAAGUACCAGCCUACAAUACAACUCCAUUACACACCAACAUCACACCAGAAAUCCAAAUAUAUUCAGUCAAGCUUCAGAGCUGUAUAAAAAUGGAGAAAAUAAAGAGUUAGAAAAACUAUUUGCUAAGUUUUUGAAGAAAUCUUUCGAUGUAAGCUUCUGGAAUCUUUAUAUUGAGUAUGUUAAAAAAUUUUCGACUAAAAAAGUCAACUUGGUUGAUGUAUAUGCUUUUGUUUUUAGUCACUUUGAAGGAUCUUAUGUUUCUUACGAAUUUAUUCAUGAAUAUAUCAAUCAAAUAGAGCUGAAUGACGAGAAUAAUACACAGACAGAUAUGAUCAGGAAAAUUUACCAUCGUUCAUUUGUACCAAUGCAUAACCUUGGACUGCUGUGGAGUGAGUAUGAAAAGUGGGAGAUUAAGGUUGACAAAAGUACAGCAAAGACGUUUAUUGAUCAAAUACAUCCCACAUUUAUGUUAGCAUUUAACACUUAUCAGAGACUUGUACCAUACAUUCAAUCAAAUGCAUUUUUUAAAAUUUUUGAUAUCGAAUUGGAAAAUCCAUUGAGCUUACAACAGAAGGAAUAUGAAACCCGAUUGACCUUUUUAUUUACCUUCUACCUCAGUAAAUAUCCAGGUUCAGAACCACUAACAUUUCUCUUUUCAUUCUACCUAAAAGAUAUUGCCAAAGAUAAAUUAGACUUUAAAACAGAUAGUACUUUUUUGAAACUUUGGUACUCUUUUCAAUACAAUAAACUAUAUUUUGAUUUUGAAGACAAACACAACAGUGAGUUAAUGUUGAUAAAUUAUCUCAACUGGAUUUCUAAAAACGAAGGCAUAGAAUCAUUCAGACGAAGAUUUUCUGAAAUUAAAAGCAAAGCAGGCCCAUACGUCUUCAUUUAUGUUGCAACUGUCGAAUUCUACUUAGGAGGAAGUAGAGAAGGAGCAUAUCAGACAUUUAUGGAAGGAAUAGAGAAGUAUAACGACAAUCCUACCCUCAACGAACAAUUUUUUCAAAUGUUCCUAAAGGCUGGUGAUGAGGAUAACGUUAGAUUGUUAUUCAAGAAAUUAAAAAAAACCGAAAGAAUGUGGGAUAUGAUGAUUGAAUAUGAAUUUCUUCAUGGAGAGCUUGAAGAUUAUAAAAAUCUUCUUGUACAGAAGCAGAAAGAAAGUGAUGUAUUACCUGCUGUUCCGCUUACAUACUUUAAGAUUAAAAGCUCAGGAUCUCAAGGUAUUUAUGAAUCUAUGAUGCAUUCGUUUGAAUUUUUAGAUCUUCAAAUAUCUACAACUGAUUUAUUGUCGGAUUUUCUUUCUAAAAUUCCAGUAUUGUCCAAAAAUGAGAAUAUUUUCUUUAAUAUUGAUAAUUUUAAAAUCGUAGAGCUUUUAUUAACAUUAUCAAGCAAAUAA